AGUAGAUUUAUUUAUUAUUCACUUGUUCUGUCAAUGACCUGUUAUGUACAGCUGUAAGGCGUUCGCCAAGUGCACGAAUUAACGCCGUAAUGACGCCGCUAUGAGAUCACUCAACACGUUGCCGUCCACAAAAACAGGUGCCAAUAUGUAACGACGCCGCGAUGGACGGCACACGGUUCAUCGUGCAAGUGUUCGUGGGCGCGCUGUCCCAACACUACGAGGCCCUCUCGGUCGAGGCGAGCAAGCAGACCACCUGCUACGAGAUCGUCGCCUGCAUCACCGAGCGGCUGUCGCUUGGCCUGGACGAGUACGAGCUGGCCGAGGUGGUCGGCCAGGAGUGCAAGGAGCGACGCCUCGGCGCCGACGAGUGUCCCGUGGCGCUCAUGCUACUUUGGCCUAAACAGGGCACUAAUACUGAACAUCGAUUUUACCUCCGCAAGAAGGCUUCCGAAUCUCAUUGGACUGACUCAUUCACCAUGGAUCCUCAGCUGAUUAGAGAUUAUUUUUACCAGUUCCUGUACCAACCCAAGGACCGAGAUUAUCCAGAUCUGUGUCAGCUGCCUGACCUCAACGAGCAGAACCUGCUGGAGAACCUGCGGGCGCGCUUCAGCAACGGCUACAUUUACACAUACGUUGGCUCCAUCCUGAUCGCAGUCAACCCGUUCAAGUUCUACCCCAUCUACAACCCUAAGUAUGUCAAGUUGUACCAGAACAGGCGUCUGGUCGACAUGCCGCCACACAUCUUCGCCAUUGCCGACGCGGCCUACCACUGCAUGCUGCGCGACAAGUGCAACCAGUGCAUCGUGAUCAGCGGAGAGAGUGGCAGCGGAAAGACGGAGAGCACCAACUUUCUGCUGCACCACCUCACCGCCCUCAGCCAGAAAGGCUCCCAGGGUAGUGGUGUCGAACAGACAAUACUCAGUGCAGGACCAGUGCUUGAGGCAUUUGGAAAUGCAAAAACUGCGCACAAUAAUAAUUCUAGCCGCUUCGGCAAGUUUAUUCAAGUUAACUACAAAGAAAAUGGAAUGGUUCAUGGGGCUGUGGUUCAGAAAUAUUUAUUGGAAAAGUCAAGAAUUUGUUCCCAGGGAAGGAACGAAAGGAACUACCAUGUAUUUUAUUACCUGUUGUCUGGCUCAAGUGAUUCUGAAAAGAAGUCGCUGCACCUGAAAAAUGUGGAGGACUACAAUUACUUGAACAGAAGUAAAGUUAGAGAGCUUGAGAAUGUUGAUGAACGCUACGAGUUUUCUCGCUUAAAGCAAUCUCUUGAGAUGGUAGGAUUUUCAGCCGAGAAGCAGCGGCGCCUUUUUGCCGUCUUGUCGGCUGUACUUCUGCUAGGAAACAUUGAAUUUUCUCCAAGAAAGUCAACCUACCAUCAUGAUGAAGCUGUAGGUGUAAAGAAUGAGGAGGUUGUGAGUCUCAUAUCCGAGCUUCUGAGGGUCAAGGAAGAAACCCUUCUCGGAGCUCUGACUGCGAAACGGGCGAAAGCUUCAGGGGAGACCCUCAUCAUUAACUAUAGGUUACCAGAGGCCAUAGCUGCCAGGGAUGCAAUGGCAAAAUGCCUUUAUGGAGCUUUGUUUGACUGGAUUGUGAUGCAAGUGAACCACGCCUUGUUUUCAAAGAAAGAUACCCUGCGUGCUCACCAUGGUUGUUCGAUCGGAGUGCUGGACAUUUUCGGUUUCGAAGAUUUUGGGAAUUGCAAUAGCUAUGAACAAUUCUGUAUCAACUACGCCAAUGAGCACUUGCAGUUCUACUUCAAUCAGCAUGUGUUUAAGUAUGAACAAGAGGAAUACAGCAGAGAAGGCAUCAAGUGGAAGAGCAUCGAUUUCAAAGAUAAUGCUGGUUGCUUGACUAUGAUCGAAGGGAAGCCCAGUGGCUUACUGUGCAUCCUGGACGAUCAGUGCAACUUCCCUGGUGCAUCAGAUGAGACGUUGCUUCAAAAAUACAACACAGUGCACAAAGAAAACAAAUUCUACGAGGUGCCCCAUAGAAGAGAAGCUGCCUUCAUUGUCCAGCACUAUGCUGGCAAAGUCAAAUACCAAGUUCGCGAGUUUCGAGAGAAAAAUCUAGACCUCAUGAGACCUGACAUAGUCAGUGUCUUGAAAAACAGCAGUUUGGCCUUUGUUCGGGAGUUGGUUGGUGCUGAUCCUGUUGCUGUGUUCCGCUGGGCAAUUGUCAGAGCAUAUUUUAGAGCUUUCUUUGCAUUUAAUGAGGCUGGCAAGAAGCACAGAUCUUUGAGAGAUGGAGGGAAAAACAACUUUGGCCUACAGUACACGCAUUCCAAACCCAACAAUAGUGCUAAGCAAAUUAGUCCAAAAGUCAUAGUCAACAAGAAGGACAUCGACCGGCAAAGUAACAUUACGAAAAUCAGAAUUACCAGUGAAAUUGAACCCAUGUUGUUGAGGAAGGAGAGUUUUGACCAAGUUUUUCAUCCAAGUGAAGCAAUUGUCCUUGAAAAAGCAAACCAAAUUGUCAUGAAAAACAAAUCAGGCAAACCAAGGGACAGACGCAAGAAGAGCCUAAAAAAUCUAGAGUCGGUGAAAUCUCUUGCGUGCAAAACUCAUCAACUUUAUGGCAAUGGCCAGAUGAAAACUAGAAAACAGCCACAGACUGUUUCUGCUCAAUUCCAACAAUCCCUUCAUAGUUUAAUGGUGACGCUCAAUCAAGCCAACCCUUUCUUCAUCCGCUGCAUAAAAAGCAAUGCCAACAAGGUAUCAAACGAAUUUGACACUGACACAGUCCAGCGUCAGCUCCGGUACACUGGCAUGCUUGAGACUGUGAGGAUAAGACAGGCUGGUUACAACGUUAGAUUUUCCUACGACGAGUUCAUUCAACUGUAUCGAAUUCUGUUGCCAAAGGGACUUUUGAGUUCCCAGAAUGAUGUGAAGCACAUCAUGCUGAAACUAAAUCUAAGCAGAGAUAACUUCCAAAUGGGCAAAACGAAAGUGUUCCUCCGAGAGUCUGAAAAGCUUAAACUGGACAGCAAACUGCACCAGCAAAUCAUAUUUUGCAUUGUGACCAUUCAACGUUGGUUUCGAGCUCAUUAUGAAUCAAAACGCUUCAAAAAGUUGAAACAAGGUGUCAUAACGCUGCAGAGCUACUGCCGUGGUUAUCUGGCCAGGCAGAAGGUGCAACUUUUGCGGCUUCAGCAUUCUGCUGCCAUUGAUAUUCAACGGUUCUGGAGAGGAUACAGAGCUAAAUGUCGUUACAAGAGACUGAUUCAAGGAUUGAUUAUAGUUCAAGCUCAUGCUAGAGGAAAUCUCGUACGGAAAAAGACUCAGCAGAUGCUAAGUCAUCAUCGGAAGGAGGCUCGGCGAUUGGCAAACAAGUCAUAUGUCACUGUCAAUUUAUCAGACGAUUGGCGGUACAGACACCCCUCAAGUUCCUCAUCAGUUUUCUCAUCAGAACAUGAUCUUUCCAAGAAACCUUCCACGCCUCUCUACAGUCCAGGCCUUGAAGUGACUAGAUCGGGAAGCGUUGAGCCGCAAGGCUCACGACCUACAUUCCAACAACGAGCAAAGAAACAGUUCCAGGCCUUGAUUGGCACAAAAAAGCUUGAUAAAGGGAGGAGCAGUGAUAGUGAAGAGGAAGCCAGAUUUGAAGGCGAUGAUCAGUAUCUACGGAAGUCAAAACCUGUCUUUGCUCGACAGUUGUCAAGCGACUCUUAUGGAAACGAAAUGGACUCUGCCGACCGGUCCUCUUCAGAAACUCAAGCCGAAGCGCGUGAGGAAAGUUUUGUCAAGUCUGACAUUGAGUGGCACGGCAGCAUCUUCAAAAUUGCUGGCCACACUUUCCGCAAGACCAUCAAGCUAAGCAAAGACGACUGCUGCGCGUUUUGCGGCAUUGGCAUUGACGCCUUCCACACGCAGGGCUACAAGUGCUCUGAAUGCAAACAGAUAUUCCACACCAAGUGCAUCCAAAACGGGGGCGUCCAGCAGAAGCAGUGCAGGCACACAAGCGGGGGAGGCAAACCGGGUAGACGGAAAAAUCGGAAGAGGUCGUCAACAAGCUCGAGUAAGCAGAGUCAAAAUGCAAGCAACUUCAACCUUACCGGGGUCAAUGAAUUUAUGGACAGUGCGGACAGAAUUAUUUCAGGCGCCAGGGAACUCAAAAUGCUGCAAGAGUUCAUCACUGAAAAGAUUUUUGCCCUAGAGAAAGGUCUGAAAAAGGGUGACAAGAGGAGUGAAGUGGAUCGUGUCUUCCGCCAGACCCUUUUGGAGUUUAAGGAGAACCUGGUAUCCACUUACAGUAUUGCCAGCAAACAAAACACUGUUAGCAUAAAAUACAAGGAUCUCAUAGCAAAUUUCCUAAAAGUGAUGGAGACUGUUUGCCAGAAGGAGAAAACCAGCUCAGACUUUCCAGUCACCAUGGGUGUCAACGCAUUUCGUGGCUUUCUCAACGAAUUCAUGGCUCAGAACAAAUUAGAUGAAAAGCCGAAAGAAAAGCGCAAGAAGGAGAAGAAGCGCGAUGAUCUAGUCUCGCACGGGGGGCAUUUAUUCCAGUUGAAUAUCAUUAACAUUCCAACCGCCUGCGAAGUUUGCUCAUUGUUCUUCAUGUGGCCAAUAGAACGUGGUCUCGUCUGCCAAAACUGCAAACUGACUUGCCAUCGAAAAUGUUACUCACGAGCAAAGGAGCAUUGCGGAAGAGUUGACCCAGCGCAUUUCAGUGCUGGAAAAGUAUUCGGCGUUCCGCUCUACAGACUUAUCACUGGCAAUGGCGAUUGCAAGAUUCCAAUUGUAGUUGAUCGACUGAUUAACAUCAUUGAAAUGUAUGGUAUCUACACUGAGGGCAUUUACAGAAAAUCGGGUGUGAGCUCGAAAGUAAGAGAGUUGAAAAGCAACAUUGAGCAAGACCUCGACAAAGUCAAUUUGGAAAGCUACCAGGUCCAUGUGUUGGCUGCUGUAUUAAAGAGCUUCUUUCGUGAAAUGCCAGAACCCCUGCUCACCUAUGAAAAUUAUGAUGAUUUCAUACGGGCGGCAAGCGUUACAGAUCCAGUGGAAAGGGUCAAAACCAUAUUUCUCAUUGUCAAAGAACUUCCACGGCCUAACUAUGACCUGACUGAACGACUCAUAUUUCACCUAGCUAGGGUGGCACAACAUGAGGACGUAAACCGCAUGAAUGCUAGUUCAUUGGCCAUUGUUUUUGCCCCUUGCAUUUUACGAACCAACAAAAUGGUCCAAGCGCAAGACUCGCUCAACGACAUCAGCAAACAGACCCUCUGCGUCGAGACCAUAAUCGGGGAGCAAUUGCGCAAGGUGCGUGCCACCCUUGCCGAUAUCACCACCCUUGACUCUGCGUGCCACACGGCCACCUCAAGGCUGUCUUCACUGAGGAGCUCGAAGAUCUUCCCACCAGAGCCAGUACCAGCGGUGUCCACUCCUAUCGCCUCCGGACACGAAGAGGCGCUUUUGGCAGAGAGAAUUCAAGCCAUGAAAGAAGAAAAGGCCAUUUUGACCAAUAAACUUCCCACUCUGACCCAUGCAACCUCUGACGAUGACUUUUUAUCAACAGACUUUGAUGGCAGUCUGGACGACGUGGCAAGUGUGUCGAGCCACGGCCUAGGACGAAAAAAAUUGAGACAACGAUCAUCCGAUCAAAGUGUAGUAUCAAUGUGUCCCCCUCUGGAUGUUGAUAUUGACGAGGACCCAAUUUUAGUUUAACAACCAUCGAGGAUAAUAAUUCUUAUCCUUACAAUAAUUUUUGUUACAUAAUUAUAUAUUUUCAAAAUAGUUGUUUAUUGUAACAUUUUACAGAAUAUAAAAAGGCAGUAAUAAAAAUUG